GGCGUCACGGGGCAACCGAGUGGCCCGUCCGGAGCUGUGGGGUUGUGCGCCUCUGAGGUGACGUCGACCCGCCGCGCCGUUCCCGUUUCCCCUUCCCGUUCCCCUGAGAUGCCGAGCCCUGACCCGGGCCUUUUCCCUCCUUGAGCCAGUCCUAGCACUGAAGGGGCAGAGCGGAGCCAUGGCGGAGCCCUCUGAGCCCGGCCGGCGGGCGUCCGCGGGCGACGGGAGCCCGGAGGAGGAGGGGGACGAGGAGCGGGAGCCGCUUCUGCCGCGGAUCGCGUGGGCCCAGCCGCCGAAAGUCACCCCGGGGGGCGCCGUGAGGCUGCUGGAGGCUGCCGGGGAGGAGAACACGGCCUCCCCUCGCAGGGCCGGCGACGAGGAACUGCUGCUCUCGCCCGGGGACGCGUCCCGUUGCCCCUCCUGGAACCUGAACGUCUUCCCGGCCUCGCCCAACGGCCGCGACCAUCUCUCGAAUUCAGUAAUUGGUGGUACUUCAGAGAUGAAUGCAUUCUUGGAUGAUCCAGAAUUUGCUGAUGUUGUAUUGAAAGCAGAGCAAGCAAUAGAAUUUGGAGUUUUUCCAGAAAGAAUACCUCAGGGUUCAAGUGGAAGUUACUUUGUGAAGGAUCCUAAGAGGAAAAUUAUUGGUGUGUUUAAACCCAAAUCAGAAGAGCCUUAUGGUCAACUAAAUCCAAAAUGGACUAAAUAUGUUCAUAAGGUCUGCUGCCCUUGCUGCUUUGGCAGAGGUUGCCUGCUUCCUAAUCAGGGAUACCUUUCCGAAGCUGGUGCCUAUCUUGUGGAUGAAAAGCUUCACCUGAGCAUUGUACCUAAAACAAAGGUGGUUCGGCUUGUCAGUGAAACAUUUAACUACAGUGCAAUUGACCGAGCAAAAUCAAGAGGCAAAAAGUAUGCUUUAGAGAAAGUGCCAAAAGUAGGUAGAAAAUUUCAUCGGAUAGGACUCCCUCCUAAGAUUGGUUCCUUUCAGUUAUUUGUUGAAGGUUACAAGGAGGCUGAAUUUUGGCUCAGGAAAUUUGAAGCUGAUCCUUUGCCUGAGAAUAUUAGAAAACAAUUUCAGUCACAGUUUGAAAGAUUAGUUAUUUUGGAUUACAUCAUCAGAAAUACAGACAGGGGAAAUGAUAAUUGGUUAAUCAAAUAUGAAAAGCAGAGUGGUGGAAAGAACAUCAACAGUAAGGAAACAAACUGGAUUGCUGAUAAAGAAUCGCUUAUUAAAAUAGCUGCAAUUGAUAAUGGUCUAGCAUUUCCUUUUAAACAUCCUGAUGAGUGGAGAACAUAUCCAUUUCACUGGGCUUGGCUUCCUCAAGCAAAAGUUCCAUUUUCUGAAGAAAUAAGAAACUUGAUUCUACCAAUUAUUUCUGACAUGAACUUCGUGCAAGAUUUAUGUGAAGAUCUUUAUGAACUUUUCAAGACUGACAAAAGAUUUGACAAGGCCACUUUUGAAAAUCAGAUGUCUGUGAUGAGAGGUCAGAUCUUAAAUCUUACUCAGGCACUGAGGGAUGGAAAGAGUCCUGUUCAGCUGGUACAGAUGCCUUGUGUGAUUGUGGAACGCAGUCAAGGUGGAAGUCAGGGUCGGAUUGUCCACCUAAGCAAUUCCUUUACCCAGACUGUCCAUUGCAGGAAGCCAUUUUUUACCUCCUGGUAGCAGAUGGAAGAGUGAGAGAAAGAAACUGUUAUCGAUUGGUUGGCAUUAUUCUGUUAAAACAUUACAGUAAUGUAAAUCUACUGUAGAGAACACCAUUUGCCAAAACGUCAAAUAAUUUGUCUUUAAAAGGUUAUAUUUUGAAUCUUAUCAAAAGUUUACAGUUUUUUGUCCAAAUAUUAAAUUUCUAUUUCAGGGAAGAGUGAUAUAUCUCCUAUAUUGUAUUUUUGUAGAAAAUUUGUAUUUUAUGUUGUUGAUGUUAGUUUAAAAAGGUCAUUUCAGAGUACAUGCUGGAAUGACUGUAAUUACUUUAGAAUUCUAAGUAGAAAAAUAAGGUAUUUGUUGACUUUGAAUACAAUAAUUUUUUUAUAUAUUUUUUAAAGAUUGAUGUUCUUGUUAUGUCUUCUUACAUUAUAAAAGGCCUUUGAGGGUACCUAAGUCUUAAACUGAUCUUCUGUACUUUAAUAGAGUAGUUACUAGAAAAACAGGUAAGAAUAAAGCAAUGUUGCCUUAAUACAAAAAGCUGCUAUUUUAGAACUUGAAUAAGUACCCUAAAAGGGUCAUGAUUAGGGACCAGGAAAUAAUAUUUUGGUUAAGUAACAUGAGGCCAUUUUCUUUUUUGUACUUUAGAAUAUUUCUACUGAAUUAUUUUGUUGUACUAGGAAGGAAAUCAAGACACCCCUCCCCUCUUUUUUUUUUUUUUUUAACAGAAACACUCACUUGGGAGUUGAGGUAAUAUAUAAAAUUAAGAUAUUAAGGUAUUUGGGAAUUCCAAAAUAGACAACAUUAAAAAUGCACUUUUUGUAGCUUGCAUGGGAUCAAGUACUUGAUCAAUUAGUACUUCAGAAUACUAAUCUUGAUCAAUUUAGUACUUCAGUUAGUGCACUUCAUUGAAAAGUAAACCAUACCCAAAAUGUAUAUUGGAUUGCAUUUUGGGGUCCUAAUACAUAAGCUCUUAGUAAUAAUAAUAAUAGGGUACUUGAAAUUGUAGUCAGCCUUAGAUUGUCAAUCCUAUUAAAGGGAAGCGUGACAGAUAACCUCAAAAUCAUUUAUAUUUGAUUUUGAAACUUAAUUUUGUACUUUGUUCUGAAUAUUAAUAUGUCUGACAUUAUGAGAAUUUGUAGCACUUUUAACUCACUAAGUGAUUUAAAUUGAAAUGAGCCCCUUUAUGAAGAUGUGAUCUAGCAAGAGGAAACUUUGUUCUCUUCUGGCUCAGAACAAAUAAAAUCACCACCAGACUAACUUAGGCAAUUUGUGGUCUUGGCCUUUUGUUUUUAAGCUUACUGUCUUGCAAUUUAAAAAAAAAAAUAAGUAUUAUUGUGUAAAGAGUAUUUCCUGAAGGUUAAAUUAGCAUGGAAGACAGAUCUGCAGCUCUCCCUCCCUUCACCUCUUCCUCUUGGUCUUCGUGGACAUGAUGAAUAAAUGAGAAUACUGUUGCCUUAAUGGAAGUUAAUUGGACACCUGUGUUCUCCUACCUCCUCCCACUUCACAUUAUCUUAAUUUCAAGAUAAUGGAGUAUUGACUGGAAAUUCAAAACUCAAACUGCUUUGUUUAGAUAAAUACUAGUAAUUAAAAUAUGCCUAAAAGAAAAGUUAGUUGCUAUGAUGUGGGUUUGCUUUCAUUAAACGGUUUUUUCAGUACUUUGAGAGUUGCUAUGCUAUAUUAAUUUUUAUAACAGAAAACUUGGUAAAUUGCUACUGUUUAAUAUCUUAAAAUUUUAAAAGUGUGGAAAUACUUUUAAAUGGCUUGACCAUGCCAGAAAAGUGAAGUUCAGAUAUUUAAGAUAUGAUUACAAGUCAGAGUCCAUUGGUUGUAUUUUGUAAACGUUCACAAAGUUAAUCUUUACUUAAACAUUAUGUUAAAAUUUUCAACAUUUAUGGCUUCAAACAUGAUAGUUUGAAGGUAAUAAAAUCAUUGUCUAAAGACUA